UUAUAACUGGCGACGCAGUCCCACCCCGCCCACCUCGUUCUGUUGUGACUCUACACUAAUCAUGGACUUGGACAACGGAUUUGAAGGCGUUCUCAGACAUUCUGCGAGGGUUUCGCAGGAAACCUCGUUAGCAUCCGUUGCCAUUUACACUGUCUUUGUGUACAACUUUGUUAUGACCAUGCCGGACGAGGUUGAGUUCGUGUGGAGCUGUCGCUUUCAUAUAGGCUCUGCAAUUUAUUUUCUGACAAGAUAUAUAGCUGCUCUUUCGUUGAGUAUAGACACUAUACAUGUAAUUAUGCGGGUCGUCAGAUUUGGUGGACACCAAGUUUCAAUAUUUAUAGACAAACUUGGGUACCUGGAUUAUAAUUAUAUGUGGUUUCCAUCCGGGGUUUCGUACAUUAUCGGAAUUAUUGGCCUUAUCACUUCAAUGGUUCUAAUUCAACUCCGAACGAGUGCUUUGUACGGGAAUUCGAGAAAACUAAUAAUUUUCUUCGUCGUUUUGGAUCUGGUGCUUAUUAGUGCCGUCGUUGUUCUCCAGUUAUAUCGAGUGCUGUCAUUCACUCCGUUCAUAUGGAUCCCUCUGGCGUUCACCGAGUUGGUAUCACUUCUGAUUACUGUUCUGAAGACCUACAGAAACUAUCGGUCCUUCCAUGGGGAUAAGAUCAAAUUCCCCUCUUUCCUCUGGGUUGCCCUUCGAGAUAAUACUAUUUAUCUUGUUGUAAUCUUGCUAUUUUACUUUAUAGGGACAGUUCUCAUAUUCGUCACGGAAGACCUGGAAAAUCCACAUUUUCAGGCUUCCGUUGCAAUAUCGGGAAUCAUAGCGCCUUGGAUGUAUAUAAAUUUGCGUAAAGCGCAGAUACUAAACCCGUGUACAGAACCGUCCAUCCCAACAAUGCAAUUCAAUAUUCCGUUGGAAAACAGGAGUAGUGAAAAUGAUGUUGAUGCUGCCGAGCGUUCCAUUUGACUGUGUUUAUCGUUCGGUUCACCCUUUGCUUUCAGUCGCAUGAUUAAUGGAUUUUUAUGUAUUCAUUGGAAAUUAGCAUUGAUCUAAUCUCGA